AUGGUGUCUUCCAAACUUCUUGUUGCUCUUGGACUUGCCAGCCUGACCGCUGCGCAAUGUCCCUAUGCUGACCCAGCUAAGCUGGCAGCUAGAGAUGAGGGAAGCUCUCGUGAACAUCUCAAAGACUAUGAAGUUGAUGAUAGCAAGGGAUACAUGAGUUCCGAUGUCGGUGGUCCUUUUGAGGAACAGGAGAGUUUAAAGGCAGGGGAACGGGGUCCUACCCUGCUCGAAGACUUUAUUUUCCGCCAGAAGAUCACGCAUUUCGAUCACGAACGGGUCCCCGAGAGAGCCGUUCACGCCCGAGGUGCUGGGGCUCAUGGUGUGUUUGAAAGCUAUGGUGACUGGAGCAACAUCACCGCAGCUUCUUUUCUUGGAUCAAAAGAUAAAAAGACUCCUGUCUUUGUACGCUUUUCUACCGUCGCUGGUUCCAGAGGUAGUGCCGAUACUGUGAGAGAUGUGCAUGGAUUCGCGACCCGUUUCUAUACAGACGAGGGUAUAUUCGACCUAGUCGGGAACAGUAUCCCUGUUUUCUUUAUUCAAGAUGCAAUUCAGUUCCCAGAUCUCAUUCACGCUGUCAAGCCAUCCCCUGAUAGUGAGAUCCCACAAGCUGCCACAGCACACGAUUCAGCAUGGGAUUUUUUCAGCCAGCAAACAACAACCAUGCAUACCCUAUUUUGGGCUAUGGCAGGAAACGGCAUUCCGCGCAGUUAUCGUCAUGUUGACGGAUUCGGUGUCCACACUUUCCGUCUUGUGACUGACGAUGGUGAUACAAAGUUCGUCAAGUGGCACUGGAAGACCAAGCAGGGCAAAGCCAGCCUGGUAUGGGAUGAAGCACAGCAUCUGGCCGGAAAGAACGCCGAUUACCAUCGUGCUGAUCUCUGGGAUGCCAUUGAGUCUGGUAAUGGGCCCGAGUGGGAACUCAAUGCCCAGAUCUUUGACGAGGACCAGGCUCUUGAGUUUGGCUUUGAUGUUCUUGAUGCUACCAAGAUCAUUCCCGAGGAGCUAGUUCCUCUACAGCCUCUUGGUGUUAUGAAGUUGGACACAAACCCAAUCAACUAUUUUGCAGAGACUGAGCAAGUCAUGUUCCAACCUGGCCACAUUGUUCGCGGCAUUGACUUUACUGAAGAUCCUCUGCUGCAGGGACGUAUCUUUUCUUACCUCGAUACCCAAAUCAACCGUCACGGCGGUCCCAACUUUGAGCAACUCCCCAUCAACCGCCCUCUGUCUCCUAUCCACAAUAACAACCGUGAUGGAGCUGGUCAGAACUUCAUUCAUAAGAACACUGCUGCUUAUACUCCCAACACUCUAAACAAGGGCUACCCUGCUCAGGCAAACCAGACACAGGGCAAGGGCUUCUUUACUGCUCCUGGCCGCAAGGUUUCCGGAAACUUGAUGCGUGCCAGAGCAUCCACCUUUUCCGACCACUGGAGCCAGCCACGACUCUUCUACAACUCUUUGACCAAAGUAGAGCAGCAAUUUCUUAUCAACGCCAUUCGUUUCGAGACAAGUCAGCUCAAGUCUGAAACUGUCAAGAAGAAUGUUCUCUACCAGUUGAACAAAAUUAGCCACGAUAUUGCUGUCAGAGUCGCCAGGGCUUUGGGUCUCGAGGCUCCUGAGGCUGACGACAAGUACUACCACGACAACACUACAGCUGGAAUCUCGAUUUUUGGAACCAAGCUUCCCAGUAUUGCAACACUCUCUGUCGGUGUCCUGGCUUCUAUCAAUUCCGAGAACUCUAUACAGCAAGCCAAGGCUCUCAAGAAGGCUCUUGGCGAGGACAAAGUGACUGUGUCGAUCGUAGGCGAGGUUCUUGGAGACGAUGUUGAAGUUACCUACAGCGCUGCAACUGCCGCUCAAUUUGACGGUAUUGUUGUUGCUAGUGGCACUGAGUCUCUUUUCAACGGCACCGGAAAGUCAACUCUAUUCCCCCCUGGUCGUCCUACACAGAUGAUUGUGGACGGUUACCACUGGGGCAAACCUGUUGGGUUCAUUGGAGGUGCAAAGGCGGCAGCUCAGGCUGCGAGGGUUGGCAAUGGAAAGGGAGUGUACUUUUCCAAGGACGUUGAGUCUCUUGUUAACGAUUUGAAGGAUGGUUUGGCUAUUUUCAAGUUCAUUGACCGAUUCCCUCUGGACAACUAG